GUCUGAAUUUCAUGGAGUGUCUCUCUAGACUGAUUAGGAAUUCUAGGCCCCAGAUAAGAACUAUGUUAGAAACAGGGUGGUAAAGGGUUGGGGGGGAAGAUGGAGGAAUGAAAGGCGGGCAGGGACUUCCUCUUAUUCAUUACACCUCAACGUCAGCAGGUGCUCAGUUCUGCUUCCCUUUCCUUUUCUCUUGGGGCAGAGGUGGAGCCAGAUCCUGAUCCCAGCAUGAAUGGCUUGUUUGUAGGGUCAGAUUAUAGACCUCUGUCAACAAGCCAGGGAUAAGAGGUUCCUAGGCAGGUCUUGACUGAGGAUAUUUGUCUAGAGAAGAAAUAUCCCUUUGGAGUUGAGCUUGGUGUUUCUGUGAAUACAUUCAGGGUUAGUUUGUAAUUGAAGGCAUUUUGUUCUGUCCAAGGAUUCCAUCCUCCUCAUCCUUCCCUGUGCCCCAACUGCUGGUUUCUCAUUCCAUGAAGAUGGUUUGGUGGAAGAAGAAGCCCUUUCGGCAGCAUCACCUGUGGGCCCUGGGCUGCUAUAUGCUGCUGGCCGUGGUUGCUCUGAGGUUUUCUCUCAGGUUGAAAUGUGACUUUGAAUCCCUGGAUCUGGAGUCCAGGGACUUUCGGAGCCAGCCCUGUAGGGACAUCUUGUACAAGUCCCUGAAGCUGCCAGCAAAGAGAUCCAUCAACUGUUCUGGAAUCAUCCGAGGGGACCAGCAGGCAGUGACGGAGGCUCUCCUGGACAACCUGGAGGUCAAGAAGAAGCGGGAGCCCUUCACAGACACCGACUACCUUAACAUGACCAGAGACUGUGAGCACUUUAAGGCCGAAAGGAAGUUCAUACGGUUCCCUCUGAGCAAAGAAGAGUUAGACUUCCCUAUUGCAUACUCUAUGGUGGUCCAUGAGAAGAUCGAGAACUUUGAAAGACUGCUGCGAGCUUUGUAUGCCCCUCAGAACAUAUACUGUGUCCAUGUGGAUGAGAAAUCCCCAGAAACUUUCAAAGAGGCAGUCAAGGCGAUUGUGUCAUGCUUCCCAAAUGUCUUCAUAGCCAGUAAGUUGGUUCGGGUGGUUUAUGCCUCCUGGUCCAGGGUGCAGGCUGACCUAAACUGUAUGGAGGACUUGCUCCAGAGCUCAGUGCCGUGGAGAUACUUACUGAAUACAUGUGGGACGGACUUUCCUAUAAAGACCAAUGCUGAGAUGGUCCUGGCCCUCAAGAUGUUGAAUGGGAAGAACAGUAUGGAGUCAGAAAAACCUACUGAGUACAAAAGGUCUCGCUGGACAUAUCACUAUGAGGUGACAGAUGCAUUGUACAUAACCAGCAAGAUGAAGGAUCCUCCCCCGGAUAAUAUACCUAUGUUCACAGGGAAUGCCUAUAUUGUGGCUUCUCGAGAUUUUGUCCGGCAUGUCUUGGAGAACCCCAAGUCCCAAAGACUGAUCGAGUGGGUGAAAGACACCUAUAGCCCCGAUGAACAUCUGUGGGCCACUCUUCAGCGUGCACCGUGGAUGCCGGGUUCUAUUCCCUACCACCCCAAAUUUCACAUCUCUGACAUGACAGCCAUUGCCAGGCUGGUCAAGUGGCAAAACCAUGAGGGAGACAUCAGUAUGGGGGCACCUUAUGCACCUUGCUCUGGGACCCACCAGCGGUCUGUCUGUGUUUAUGGGACUGGGGACCUGCAUUGGAUUCUUCAAAACCAUCACCUGUUGGCUAACAAGUUUGACCCAAAGGUGGAUGACAAUGUUCUUCAGUGCUUAGAAGAGUACUUACGUUAUAAGGCCAUCUAUGGGACUGAACUCUGAGAUACCCUAUCAGAGAAGUGCUCCCUGUGGGGCAGGAAUAUGUGCAAACAUGCCCAGGGGGUUCUGGGACAGUGGGGUGGGGAACCGGGGCUCUGGAAUCCUUGGCGUCCCCAAGUCAGGGGGUUGCUAUGGGAGUGCGGGUAAGUAGAUCUCCUGCCUUACAACUUGCUGUCCCGGGUGAACACUGAGUGUGCACUCACCCCACUCCUAAUAGCUCCCCCACUGACAUUCUUCCAGAGUCCGAGUACGAGCCAGCUAUUUGGGAGAGGAAGGGAGGGCAGUGUGGCAGGGGACCCAGAUUUCAGUUGAAUGCUUGGUGUCUGCUUUUCUACUCUGUGGAGACGCGGUUCUAAUAAUUCUAGGCUUGGUAGUGGGGGUGGGGUGGGACUUUAAUGGAAAGAGGGGGCCUUUUGUAUUAUUAACUUAAAAAUAAAUAGCUCUUGAUUCAAAGCCCUUACCUCUACUUUUUGUCUAGUAAGCCAGAGAUAAGAUAAAAGUGGAAACCUUUUUCUCAUAACUAAUCUCCAUUAUUCCAAAGUGCUCAUGGCAGGGUGUCUAAAUAGCAGAUUCAAAAGAAUAUAGAGGAACAGAACUGAUUCUUUCAUUAUUAAAAGCCCUCCUCAUUUUGUUUACAUUGAAAGAUUCAUGACUUCUCUGUAAGAGAAAAAGCAGGGCAGUUUAACCAGUUUAACCACCCAUAUCCUUAUGAGACAGUUAACAGCACUAAUUUGCCAGCUUCACAGCCAAAGCUUAAUGUUCUAUAACAAAGAUAAAAGCGAUUUAGGUAAGGCCACCGUAUAAUUUAUUGUCCAAACGGGAACACAUUUCAGCGGGGGCAGGGUGCUGGACUAGUAAUAGUUAUGUUGGGAAACAAGAAUGAACUAGGACCGUCUGGCUAAAGCAGGGAGUCUGGGCAUCCCAAGUUAGGUCUUGUUAGUCAAAUGUCUGUCUUAAGUAUAGGAAUGGAAGUGUCACUAUUUGUAGUUCUGGGAUUUAUACAUUUCCUUGUGGGGAGACCGUUGUGUGUGUAUUCUCUCCCCCACCCCCAAUAAAUGUUACCCAGUGAAAGAUUUCUUUCUGAAGCUCCAGAGACAAGUGUCAGACAAUUGGAAGGCAAUUGGCUCUUCGUCAGACGCUUUUGUGAGGGGCGAGGGAUGUUAUAUAAAAAGACAGGCAUAUCUUAUACAGAGUGCAGCUGAUCUUCUGCUUGCACUGUGCUCUGGGAAAGGGAUGUAUGCACAAGUUAAUGUAACUUGAAUGAACCUAUGAUGUCAUGAUGUCACUAACAUAUUCAUCAGUGAUUAUGAUUCACUUAAUCAAGUUUUCUCUCAGUCGACUUUCCCUGCAAUCCACGUAUUCUGACAUAGUUAUCACUGUCUGACACAGUGAAUCUUGUAUUUAUAAGUUCUUACUUGUAAGGUUGUACUCCUUUGGUAAUGGGCAUCGCCACCCCACCUUACCUACACUGCAGUAUUCGUCCUCUUCCCCUUGCUCCCAGCCCCGCCAGAGAUGACCAAUGAAUGGUCACGUGCUCAGCAGAUGAGCCCUGUGAGGUCCGUCCCCAGCUGUGGGGAUCAUGGGCCUCUCCACCUA